UAUAAAACUGAUCCUAAAUCAGUUAAAAACACGAUGUAGAGGGUUCAUGGGUUGACUGAGAUCGCCCCCUAACGCCAAACCAUUGAAGUUAUAGAAGAGAAAACAAACAUGGCAGCCUCCUUGCUGUCUCAAUGCGUGAGGAGAUGUUCAGCGCACACCUGUGCUGCUGCUGCUGUCAGGAGGGGUUUGAGUUCAGCUGCUCCUCCGUCCGUCUCCAGCAGGGUCUUACUGAAACUCAGUCACUACUUCUAUGAUGUGGAGAGCAUUGUAGGUUGGAACGACUGGGCAAGGACAAAACUGGUCAGACGCAAGAACAAGUUCUUUGGUUAUGCACAGCAGAAGUUUGGUGAUAAUAUUGGAGCGGCCUAUUAUAUUUUGACUCUCAGAGGGAGCUUCAGAUUUGCCGGUCAGUCUGAAUGGUUUCGUCCAGACUCGAGAGGAAGAUUCAGCUUUGAGUUCAUCAACACACCUGACGCACAGAUUGAGGAAGUGGACCUGAGCGGCACCCUGAUAAACCAUAAUGGACUCGACAACCUUAUGAAGCAGAAUAAACUCCAGACGCUCUCUCUGCGAGGAUGUCCUGAAGUGGACGACUGGUUCCUUGCACGUCUUCACGUCUUUGGAGAAAGUCUGGUGGAGUUAGACGUGUCCCACUGCUGUUGUGUCACUGUAGGAGGUCUCGCUGCCUUACAAAACCUCAGAAAGCUACAGCGUCUGGACAUUUCCGGACUUCCGCGGCUGCAGAGUCCAGGCCUGGUCCGGAUUCUGUUGGAGGAAAUGCUGCCGGACUGUCAGGUCACUGGAGCCGAAUACGAGCAGGGCCUGAUCCAGCCAGACAGCCAGGAUGAUAAUGAAGCUUCCACAAGCUCUGGAGUCAAACAUUUAUAAACACUGCUGACAAUAGAGGCUUAUUAUAGUGUAUUAUUGUGUCGUAUGUUCUGUGUAUUUAUAUAUAACUGUUGUAAAAUAUAUUGUACUUGAUCAUUGUUUUGAGACAGACACAAUAAAGUUUUACGUGUAAAUGUUGAGAACUUAUUAAAACAUAUUCCAUAUA